GUGGGAGAGAAGAUGGCUGAGCAGGCCCCCAAAUCCGUUCUGUUUGUAUGCCUGGGUAACAUUUGUCGAUCACCUAUUGCAGAAGCAGUGUUCAGAAAACGUGUAACGGAUCAAAACCUUUUAGAUAAGUGGAGAAUAGACAGUGCAGCAACAUCCACAUAUGAAAUAGGAAAUCCUCCUGAUUAUCGGGGGCAAAAUUGCAUGAAGAAGCAUGGUAUCCUCAGGAAUCACAUUGCUCGGCAGAUUACCAAAGAAGACUUUGCCAGAUUUGAUUUUAUACUAUGUAUGGAUGAAAGCAAUCUGAGAGAUCUAACUAGAAAAGGUAAUCAAGUUAAAAACUGCAAAGCUAAACCUGAACUGCUUGGAAACUAUGAUCCACAAAAACAAGUUAUCCUUGAAGAUCCCUAUUAUGGGAAUGACUGA